CCAUUCAAACUGCAUUUUCACCUGGCGUGUCAUCCCUGCUCAAAACGCGGGGGGUCGCCAAAUGUCCAGCCAACUCAAUUUUGGCCAAUUUUUCCGCUUAAUGUUCAACCCGCUGGUAGCCUACCUUCUCGUCUGUGAGCGCAAGUGGAGGGAUGCGAAAUGAGAUGACAGCCUACAAGUCCUGCUCUUACUUUCACAGAGCGUUUCAAAAUGGCUGCUGCGUUCUCGGUACAAGCACCUACCGUGGUCUCAGGAAUCCAGGAGAAUUCACAUUUACCGGGCUCUGACAGCUCAGAAGUGCGACAGGACGAGGAGUCUGCGGGUGAGAGACUCUGCAUGCGAGAUUUACCUGAUUUGGAACCAGGUGAAAUCAAGAGAAGGCUCGAAGAAACUCGCAGGGAGCUGAGCAACAGGAGGAAAAUCAUCAUUAAGCACCUGCCUCAGGAUAUUACCAGCCAGGAGGUCCGCAGCAUUUUGUGCAAGUAUGAGCUGAAGUACUGUUAUGUGGACAGGAACAAAGGAACAGCCUUUGUGACCCUGCUGAAUGGAGACCAGGCCCAGGAUGCAAUGCGGUCCCUCCAUCAGACCCCCGUCCGCGGCAGGGAGAUAACGGUGCAGCUGCAGUCCGCCGACGCGCUGCUCUGCGUCACCAACCUGCCCCACACCCUCACCGCUGCCCAGUUCCAGGAGCUGGCGCGUCUCCACGGCAACCUGGAGCGCUGUUUCCUAGUGUACAGCCACCGGACGGGCCACUCCAAGGGCUACGGUUUCGCGGAGUACAUGAAGAAGGACUCCGCCUCCCGGGCGCGCUGCGAGCUGUCGGGCCUUCGGCGCGGAGGCCGCGCCCUCGCGGCGCAGUGGGUGGACGCCAGCCGGCUGACCGCCGACCUCCUCCACUCCAGGUGCCUCCGCGUGGACGGGCUGCCCGGUGACCUCGGCGCCAGCGAGGAGCUGUCCCGGGCUUUUGGCAGCCGGCACAAGCCGAUAUUCUGCCAGUUGGCGCAGGACGAGGACAGCCACGCCCGGGGCUUUGCAGUGCUGGAGUACGAGAUGGCCGAGCAGGCGGAGGCUGUACUGACGGACAUGGACAGACAGACGGUCAGGGGCCAGGAGGUCCACGUGUCCCUCUGCACCCCAGGAGCCUCUGGAAGGAGCACACUGGCGGCCCUGAUCGCUGCGCAGGGGAUGGCAUGGAGCAGUAGGAAAGGUCUGCUUCCAGAGCCCAGUCUGGCCCAGCUGCUGAGCAGCAUGAGUAACCCAGCCACCCUGCAGGUGCUGGGGAUGCCCUAUCAGAACAGUAAGUACAGAGGGAAAUUUGGCCAGCACCAGGGGGCACCAUUUCUGUGCCACCCCAUGUCCACAGCCUUCUUCCGUCUUGGCAAGUUACAGCAGAACGCCUUAUUAGGAAACGGCCUGGUUCUGCAGACUCUCCUGCGGAUGCAGCUGGCACAGCAACAGCUCCUUUGCAUCAAAGACAAACAGGUCUGUGCUACGCCCAGUCUGCUUGGUGACCCCUCCAGACUGCUGCUUCAGAAGGCUUUGGGCCUGCAGGCCCCAGCUCCCCCAGUCAUGGGCCAGGCCUUGCCUGGAGGCACCCCCAGUGAAAUGUCCCAUGAUGCAGUGCGGGUGUGUGGCCUAGGCCCAGUGGCGGCGGCGGUGGGGGCUGUGCCGUGCCCCUCAGUCAGCCAACCCCUGGUCCCACCGAGCAGUGAGCAGAGUGGGGCCUCCGUGACUGAAAUCCACCCCACGCCACCUGGGCCAUCGCCAGUCAACCACUUCCCCACACAGAGCCUCACGCAGGGCAUCAGCAGGCCCCUCACAUGUACCCCAAAUCUGCACCGUGGCCUGCACAGUGCCAGGGAGAACAGCACCUGCACGGCGAGUCCGACUGGUGGACAGACAUCCUUGCUGGGGGAGCCUCCCAAGGAUUUGAAGCUUCCCUCAAACCCGUAUCUGAACAUGGCCAGCGUGCUUCCUGGUGCAGUUCUACAAGGCGCUGGCAGCGGUAAAGCACAGAGCAUGCGGCCGCGGGCCGGCGUUCACGACGCUAGCCAGUACAGCGCCGACAUCACCGCGGAGUACCCCCAGCAGUACAGCCCGCAGUACUCACCGGAAGCCAUGCAGUCGUGGUACCAGCACUACCAAGCGCAGGGCUAUGCCAGGACUGCACUGGAGGGCGGGGCCAGCGAAUAUGGCAAAGAGCGUAAUCAGGCGACAGGCGGCAUGUCCUGUGUGGAUUACGGUACCUACGCGCAGACUGCCAGUCAGUACUACUCUCAGCCACAGCUCACACCUGCUGAAGCUCACGCCUACCACAGGGACGCAAGCAAGGAAGGCGACUUGUUAAAGAUGGCCCAAAGUGGAGUACCUCACUCUGUCGGUAAUGGCAGCCACCCUGGCGACUCGCUGCCCACGUACGGCUGUUUACCUGCCACGCCAGCGUAUGUCACGCCGCAUAACUCCGCCCCUGCUUCUGCAGUGCGCCCCGAGACUGGACAGACCCCUCCAGACUGGAGCCAGUUUUUCUGUAACCAGACACGCGGACAGAAACGCGAUUACUCUCAGCUGCCAGUACCAGACUUGGUGUCGGACCGAGCCUACGUGGGCCAGCACUCCCAGAACCAGCACCAAGACUACUCCAAAAAGAGGAGGCUGUAGAGAAAGCCAUGCCAGUCGCAAUGUUUAUUUCAGUACAGUACUUCCUGGUUACCCUCCUCCCAUAGGUGAUGAUGUUGCCUUAACUUCCCAAAUUUCCUCACACUUCAGCAUGAUUUUGCUGAUUGAUAACAUCAAUUUCUACAACAUGAAGUACCAUUUUGUAUCUAUCAGAACUUCAGCUCUUAGUUUCAAUUUGUUUAAAAUGAAAAAAAAUUAUUGUAAAAAUGAAAAAUGUUGUCUUUCUUUUCAUUGUAUUGAAGGAGAGAAUUUACAAUAUUUCCUACUUUUUCCUACACCUUUAUUUUUUACUUCUGCUUCCUGGUUUAAAACAUUAAUACCCCCAAUACUUCUUUUGGAACUUAAAUUUCACUCAUUCUGUCUACACAGGACAGUGGAGCCAAUACAGUGACAACGUAGGAAGGUGAAGCCAUUAAGUGACAUUUUUUGAGGUUGGAUGCACAAGGAACCUUGUAGGGGUUUCUCCCAAAACGAAGCCUCCAGCGACCCCAAAGACUCCCAUCUGCACUGUGGCCAAAUCUAAUAAAGUACGGCAGCAUAGUCUCCUGUGAGUCUCCUGUACCCCCUACUGUAAGGGCAACCGGGCCUUUUGGCUGCGAGUGCCACCUUGCCUACACCAGCUGGAUGUGAUCUCUGGAACGCUGACUUCAGCCAAGCCCUGGUAAAAAGCACAAUUAAGUAACGGGUGGAAGAUAAUGUUUAUAUGUAAAUGGUGAUUUUUGUUGAAUGUUUUUUGAUGGUUUGUGAUUUCUUCUAUAAUUUGGCUCACGAGUUAUAAAGCUGAUGCAGUAUUCCAUCAUCGCAAUGACUCACUGCUCGAUAUUAAUAUUCCCUACAACCAGGGAGCAUCAGUCACAAAGCAACGCCGGCAGUGCGUGAUGUCUCUGCUCUGACACGACACUCAGUCUCUUGGGCCUGCGGAGAAAUGGCUGGGUGACCUUCUGUCACUAGCGUGAGAGAUCAGAGACCUAUGACAUCACUUCUAUCAGGUAACCGAGAAAGAGCAAAAACAUUGGACACAUUGGACUCGGUGGUCAAAUGAAACCUUGGCCUCUUCAAAUGGCUCAUCUUUUGAGAGAUUAUCCUAUUUACGUAUAAAUAGCUUUAAAAUGGGAAUAUUCUAUUGGCUGUCUAUACUAUGACCAAGAGGCAAUACAGUCUUGGCCUUCUAUGCCCAAAAGGCCAUGCAGUAUAGAUCAGCUAUGACCACGAGUCUGCAGCAGUCGCCCACCUAUGCUUUUAUCCCAUGGGCUUUUGGGUAAGCUGAUGCUCCUUAGGUUACUGAUGCAUAUACACCCCCUAACUACUAACUAGACUUUACAAGCUGCAAGUUGUUGAUAAGAAAUCCUGCAUGGAUACAGGUGGUAUAGCAAUGACUCAUAGUGGAAUUGGCCUUUCCAAAAACAGGAAAAAAAAAGGGGGGGGGGCAGAGAGGCAUUUAAACAUCUGGAUUACCCAUGACUCUUCACAGAUGAGAGAGGAAUGCACUAUAGAGGGUAUGCAUUGACGUCACUUUCCCACCAGAAUACGCCCCCUCAAUCUCGACUGAGUGGGAAAACAUGCUGCGACAUGGCUGCCUUUAGUAGAGGAAACUGCAAGACCGGGAGUAAAACAAACGAUUAUCUGCUUAAAUUAAAGGCAGUUGGACUCGGCAGUGAUCCGUACAACUUACCAAAGUACCAGUGGUCCAUGGACAUUCAACAAGAAAUCGGAGCUAUCUUUUACAGACUGCCGAAAGCUAAAGAAAAGAGAAGCAAAUGGAUCGCUGCAAUUCACAGAAACUACUGGAAUCCAGGCACCGAAACAUGGAUUUGCAGUUAUUUUGUGUCAGGUAUGUUGGAUUGGAUUUUUGGGUAAAAUCAUACCAUAAUUGAUAUGCUUGGCUAGCUAACACUAUUUAACCAUUCCUUCUUUGUUUGUAGAACACAAGGAUCAUCAUCAUGGAUGUUUUUAAAUGCUGACAAAAACUUUACAGUUACACAGAAUAUAAAUGAACGAUGCUAAAUAUUUAAUAAAUAUUUAAUUGAUGAGUAGUCAAUACAGUACAUAAGGCAUGAUUUUACCCAAAAAUCCAACAUACCUGACACAAAAUGACAACAGAAAAUCCACGUUUCGGUGCCUGGAUUCCAGUUGUUUCUGCGAAUUGCAGCGAUCCAUUUGCUUCUCUUUUCUUUAGCUUCCCGCAGUCUGUAAAAAGAUCCAAUUUCUUGUUGAAUCUAUUUGUACAGUCAAUCGCACAACAGCUCUUUCCCAUUUUAGAUGUGUUUUUUGUGUUUUCACGGCAUUCAAGCUGAACGCUAACGCUGCCACUCAGCAGUCUUUCUGCCACUCAGUGAGUGUAACCGUACUGACUUCCACUUACUGUGACGUCAUGUGCAUACCCUCUAUAUCUGUUUUAAUUGCUCAUGGAGACAACUUCACAGGCUUUGCUGAAUCUCCUUCACAUGGCAAGCGUCCAUGUCUCGUUUACUGAUUCCAUUAGCAAGCUUUUCAAAAUGGUCAUCUUUGAUUCUUGGGCCUAAUUUUUUUGUAAUCCGGUGCAUUUAUAGCUUUAGAUAUUUCAGAAGAAAUUGACUGAUUACACAUUUUUUGAUUUUAAAAAAAAGUUUAUUUGAAUUUAUAUAUUUAUGAACAUUUACUUUCCUAGACAUUCCUGUUUUCCUUCUCCCAAGUUACAAUGACAGUGCUUCAUGUACCAAUGAAAAUGUGUGUCUGUAAUGCAUUCGGGAAUAAACUCACAAGCACAUUUACCCCA